GAGCGAUCAAGUAACCAUAUUCGUCAAUCGACCUCUAGCACAUCUCUCACUCAGCGACUGGUGCCUUCACCACCAUCAAACAACGAGCCUGGCGUCAAUCCUGCUGACGACAUUGUCAUGUCGUUGCAUCCGUGGUUUGUUCUUCUCUCAUCAUAUCUCUCGUAACAUCUAUCUGGUCGCAUCCGCCAUGAAGAGAGCUACUCCCCAUUCAACCGGUUCAAUUUCGCCUCCACCCAUCAAGCGAAAGAUCGAUUCUACCACUACGAGCAAGGCCGUGGCAACCUUCUUCAAACCGGCUUCUCAAAGGCCUCCCGAGAACCUUAUUUGGCGAAUUGUCGAAAACAGCCUAGUCGUUGGUCGUUAUAAUCCCAAUGAGAAAACCCAGGAUGAGCCCAAGCUGCCUGUCAAAGUGGCUGCUUUCGACUUGGAUGACACGAUCAUUGUCGCCAAUACCGGUAGCAAAUGGGCCAGAUCCCCCACCAGCUGGAAGUGGUGGGAUCAGUCCAUCCCCGGAAGGCUGAAACAGCUGCAUGAAGAAGGCUAUGCCAUCGUUUUCCUCAGUAACCAAGGCAAUGUCAGUCUCAAAGACAACCCUAAAUCUUUACAGAAGGACACGCCUAGUCUGGUCAACCUUAAAAAUCAAAUCACCUCGAUCUUUCGACAGCUUGACAUUCCACUCAGCUUCUAUGGGGCAACUGCUCAAGAUCGCUUCCGCAAGCCGAGGACUGGCAUGUGGGACGAGAUGUUGGACGAUCUUGGUCUGCAGGCUGAAGAUGCUGUAGACGUGGAUGGCUCCUUCUAUGUCGGUGAUGCUGCUGGAAGAGCAAAGACUGAUCAACGCAACAAAGAUCAUGCGCCCUCCGACAGGCAUCUCGCCGCAAAUAUUGGAAUACGUUUCCAGACCCCAGAAGAAUUCUUCCUCGGCGCUGCACCCGAACCAUAUGACCAUGGAUUUGAUCCUCUCAGACACCUUGAACGAGCAGAGAUCUCGCAAACGUCAUCGGAGGUUCCAAAAGACUCGUCCACAGCGAUGACAUUCACCAAGAAUGAUCCUCAAGAACUAGUGAUAUUCUGUGGCUCGCCGGGAGCAGGGAAAAGCACCUUCUUCUGGGACGUUUUGGAACCUUUGGGAUACGAGAGAGUCAAUCAGGACAUACUGAAAACGGUACGAACGCUUUCAAUGUCCCUCUUUACCACCGUCCCGGCACAAUCUCUCAUUGAGCGAUUGACACCCAUCUCCUGCUGCUGAAUGGUUCAGACAAAGACCUAACUCGUUACAGCGUGAUAGGUGCAUCAAAAAAACAAGGGAACUACUAGCAGCAGGGUCUUCUGUGGCAGUUGGUACGAUUCCUCUCUUCAUUUCAGCCUUCCAUGCACCAGGAGGCGGUCAGGUUGAGACCAAUUGACCACUGGUGGCUAAUUGUGUCUACCUGCGGUACCUUGCCUACUUGUGUCGCAGAUUGUGACCAGACUUCCGAUGUAUCCAUCUGUCAAACCGCUACUGCAACCCUCGCCUGUCAACGCCUGUCUGACAUUAUCUCUUGCCCUUGGUGCCUCACAUCAUGCCUUAAUCGACGUCUCAGGACGAGUUCAGCAUCUCCGUUUCAUCCUUGUGGUACACUGACCUGUGUGUGUUGACAGAUAACACGAAUGCAGACAUCGAAACCCGGGCAUACUGGGUCAAGCUCGCUCAGGAAUUCAAGGUACCAAUCAGGCUUGUGCGGUUCACGGCAUCUUCUCGUCUGGCAGAGCACAAUGACGCGGUCCGAGCCAUGAACCUGACAACGAUGAAUCCGGAAGCUCGUAAGAUGUUGCCAGGUAUUGCUUUCAGAAGUUUUCUCCAAAGACUACAGGAGCCUACGCUCAAGGAAGGAUUCAAGGACAUUUACCGAGUUGACUUCCAAUUUAAGGGGACCGACGAGCAGAAGAAGCUCUGGAGUCGGUACUGGGUUAGCAGGUUCUCUACCUGAACUAUGUUCGCGAGUUGUCUCAGUCUACGGUCAUCAGCUCAUGAUUUGGGCCUAGCGACAUAUAAUAAAGGUACAGGCUGCACCCUAACAUGUCAGCUUGUACGGAUGCUCUUUCGCCAAACGAAGAUGCACAAGAUGCCCGAAAAUUAGAAUGUGAGAAUCUCAGCCGUAUCACGACGGCAAGAAGGGUGGCGAUAACGAACACGAAGGCUACAUGAAACGUGUCAGCCAUGCCAACGAAACCAGAGACAACGAGAAGCAGUUGUCGACUUUAGAUUUGAGCGAAUUUGACGCUGUUCCAUAGCUGAGUCAAUCUUGUGCGAUUGAGAAUGAAAAGGGGUUGGGAUCAACAAGAUAUUCAGUGUGUCUGAAGACCCAAAGGGCGAACACAUGCUCUGACUCGAUGAGCUACUAUCGUAAUGCAGAUAUUGAGCUGGAGCUCUCAGCUUUCAGCUUUGGAGAGAGAGGGGCAAGGACAGUUUUACAAGACAGGAUGCCUCAACCCGACUGUAUGGUUGAGAAUGGUUCGUGCGCUUUUGCCACGAGGGUCUCGAAGAAUACCACGAUGGCGGUACGUACGAACGUGGUCGGUGCUUGAGCCAGCUGAAGGACGACGACGACUACGAACUUUGGUGGUGCCUGAUGCAUGAAAAGCU